CUGAAGGCCUCCCUAGCUGCUCUCUUCCUGCUGCCUAUGGCCACUGCCAUGCACUCUGACUGCAUCUUCAAGAAGGAGCAAGCCAUGUGCCUGGAGAAGAUCCAGAGGGCAAACGACCUGAUGGGCUUGAAUGACUCCUUCCUUGGCUGCCCCGGGAUGUGGGACAACAUCACAUGUUGGAAACCCGCCCGUGUGGGUGAGAUGGUCCUCGUCAGCUGCCCUGAACUCUUCCGAAUCUUCAAUCCAGACCAAGUUUGGGAGACUGGAACCAUCGGAGAGUUUGACUUUGCUGACAGUAGCUCGUUGGAUCUCUCAGACAUGGGGGUAGUGAGCCGGAACUGCACGGAAGAUGGCUGGUCCGAGCCACUCCCUCACUACUUUGAUGCUUGUGGGUUUGAUGAAUAUGAAUCUGAGACUGGGGACCAGGACUACUACUACUUGUCGGUGAAGGCCCUGUACACGGUUGGCUAUAGCACAUCCCUCGUCACCCUCACCACUGCCAUGGUCAUCUUGUGUCGCUUUCGGAAGCUGCACUGCACUCGCAACUUCAUCCAUAUGAACCUGUUUGUGUCGUUCAUGUUGAGGGCGAUCUCCGUCUUCAUCAAAGACUGGAUCCUGUAUGCAGAACAGGACAACAACCACUGCUUCAUCUCCACUGUGGAAUGCAAGGCCAUCAUGGUUUUCUUCCACUACUGUGUGGUGUCCAACUACUUCUGGCUGUUCAUUGAGGGCCUGUACCUCUUUACCCUGCUGGUGGAGACCUUCUUCCCUGAGAGAAGAUACUUCUACUGGUACACCAUUAUCGGCUGGGGGACCCCAACUGUGUGUGUGACAGUAUGGGCUAUGCUGAGGCUCUACUUUGAUGACACGGGCUGCUGGGAUAUGAACGACAACACAGCUCUGUGGUGGGUGAUUAAAGGCCCUGUGGUCGGCUCAAUAAUGGUUAACUUUAUCCUUUUCAUUGGCAUCAUCGUCAUCCUUGUGCAGAAACUUCAAUCUCCAGACAUGGGAGGCAACGAGUCCAGCAUCUAUUUCAGCUGCGUGCAGAAAUGCUACUGCAAGCCACAGCGGGCUCAGCAGCACUCUUGCAAGAUGUCAGAACUGUCCACCAUUACUCUACGGCUAGCACGCUCCACUCUGCUGCUCAUCCCACUAUUUGGAAUCCACUACACAGUCUUCGCCUUCUCCCCAGAGAACGUCAGCAAGAGGGAGAGACUCGUGUUUGAGCUGGGGCUGGGCUCCUUCCAGGGCUUUGUGGUGGCUGUUCUCUACUGUUUUCUGAAUGGGGAGGUGCAGGCAGAGAUCAAGCGUAAGUGGCGGAGCUGGAAGGUGAACCGCUAUUUCGCUGUGGACUUCAAACACCGGCACCCAUCCCUGGCCAGCAGUGGGGUGAAUGGGGGCACCCAGCUCUCCAUCCUGAGCAAGAGCAGCUCCCAGAUCCGCAUGUCGGGCCUCCCAGCUGACAACCUGGCUACCUGA